AUGGCGCGUCGAAGGGAUUCUCGCUCACCAUCGGCUACAGGAUCUCACCACUCCUCCAAAAGAAGCAGAAGAGACGAUGACAUUCGACACGACAGAGACCGUCGGGAUGACCCACGAGGGGCGCCACGGCGGAGGAGCCGUUCUCGCAGCAUCGAUCGACGCCACCGAGAUUCACGCGAUUUACCCCGCCAACGAGAUCGCUCAAUAGGUCGAAGAGACGAUGGGUAUAGACGACGAGAUAGGUCUCGAGACCGCAGACCCUCCAGAGAGAGGCAACUAGACAGAGACCGCUCUCCAGACCGAAGGCGACGCCGAAGCCGUGAUCGAGAUUACAGGGACAGGCGAGAUGACUCCCGUGACACGCUUCAUAGACGCCACGAGGAUCAAACUAACUCAUACUCACGUUCUAGACCUUAUGAUGGUCGUGAUAGUAGGACAAACCGGGAACCUGAUGGAAAGCGCAAUGCUGCCGAACAACAUCCAGCGCCCAGUGCACCGACCGAUGAACAAAAGAAGGCGGAAAGACUGGCAAAGUUAGAAGCCUGGAAGAAGAAGGUUGCUGAACAGAAGGAGCAGAAAGAGAAGCUGGAAGCAGGUGGCACACGGAAACUACUGGACCAAAUCGACGUGAAGGCUAAUGGCUCGCCGAGUGCGACACCUGGAUCGACAGCACUGUUGGCUGACACGGCGUCUCCAGGCUCCCCUGCGCCAUAUGCUGGAAAGUUUGACCCCAAAGCAAUUGCAAGGAGAGCAUCUGAAAAACUGAAUGCUGCUGCUGCUCUUAACAAGAACACACCAGGCAUUGAAUUGGCUCAAACGUCCGCUACUUCACUAUCUGCGACAAACGGUGUUCAAGCCGACAAAAACCUUCCAGCGUUUUCUAGUUCUUCAAGAGCCUCUGCAUUACCCAAAGCCCGUGGAAAUCUAAGCGCAUUUGGCCUUGGAGCGAAAUCUGCCCAGGACCAAGAGAAAUCUUCAGCAAAGAGGGGCUUGGUGUUUGGAGAUGAUGAAGGAAUGAGGAAGAAACUUGAAAAGCUACCGUCCCUUCCCGUGGCAAACAAUGAAGACGACGAUACUGCGCAAGCUAACGGUGAUGAGAAAAGCGAUGAUGACGGCGAUGUCGACAUGGAAGCUGGGACUGAAGAAGAGGCCGCAGCAGCAGCCCGAGCUGCAGCUGAACGACGAGAAGAACGUUUGCAGGCUGAGAACAACACUCAGGCUGACGGUGCAGCUGCCGAUGUCGCAAUGGCGGAAGCCCCUGAAGCACAACCCGAGCAAGCUGCUGCAGAAGAAGAAGAGGAGGAAGAAGUUGAUCCCCUGGAUGCUUUCAUGGAGGAAAUGGGAGACCCCUUUGCGGCGCCAAAGACAACCACCAAUUUCAAUAAAAACAAGAGCAAGAGCCAACACGAACCGGAGCCGAUCUUUGGUGACGAAGAGGACCAGGCUGGAACAUUGGAUUCGGAGCCCGAAGAUAUUCUAGCUAUGGUCAGCAAAGUACGAAAGAAGAAGGAUUUGCCAGUGAUCAACUACGCAAAGCUGGACCUGGCGCCAUUUCGUAAGAAUUUCUAUACGGAACCAGCGGAGCUUGCUGGGAUGACGGAAGCUGCACUAGCGGAUCUACGUCUCGAGCUCGAUGGGAUUAAGGUGUCGGGAAAGAACGUGCCAAUACCUGUGCAGAAAUGGUCACAAUGCGGUCUCAACAUUCAGUCGCUGGAUGUUAUCAAAAGGCUUGGCUACGAAAGGCCCACUGCUAUUCAGAUGCAAGCUCUCCCUGCCAUCAUGUCAGGUAGGGAUGUUAUCGGUGUGGCCAAGACUGGAUCAGGAAAGACCAUGGCCUUCAUGUUACCUAUGUUCCGACACAUUCGUGACCAACCGCCUCUUGAAGGCUCGGAUGGACCUAUCGGUCUAAUCAUGACACCAACAAGAGAACUCGCAACCCAGAUUCACAAGGAGGCCAAGCCAUUUCUAAAAUCUAUGAAUCUUCGUGCUGUUUGUGCCUAUGGAGGCGCCCCUAUCAAAGAUCAAAUUGCCGAGCUCAAGCGCGGCGCCGAGAUCAUCGUGUGCACUCCUGGCCGCAUGAUUGAUCUCCUCGCUGCCAAUUCUGGUCGGGUAACUAACUUGAGACGCGUGACAUAUGUUGUCCUCGACGAAGCAGACCGCAUGUUCGAUAUGGGCUUCGAGCCGCAAGUCAUGAAAAUCUUUGCCAAUAUCCGCCCCAAUAGGCAGACCAUUAUGUUCUCCGCUACCAUGCCAAGGAUUAUGGACGCCCUCGCCAAGAAGACCUUGAAUGAUCCUGUGGAAAUCACUGUCGGUGGAAGGAGUGUAGUCGCACCCGAAAUCACCCAAAUAGUAGAGGUCCGUGAGGAGGAUGAUAAGUUCAUCCGCCUACUGGAGCUUCUUGGCGAACUAUACGACAAGGACGAAGAUGCGCGCACCCUCGUGUUUGUCGACCGCCAGGAGAAAGCCGACGAUUUGCUCAAAGAUCUCAUGCGGAAAGGCUACCCCUGCAUGUCGAUUCACGGUGGCAAAGACCAAAUUGACAGAGAUUCCACCAUUGACGAUUUCAAGGCUGGUGUAACGCCAAUUAUGAUUGCGACAUCUGUUGCUGCACGAGGAUUGGACGUGAAGCAGCUAAAACUCGUUGUCAACUAUGAUGCGCCCAAUCAUCUGGAAGAUUAUGUUCAUAGAGCUGGCCGAACUGGUAGGGCGGGUAAUACGGGCACAGCAGUUACAUUCAUCACAGGGGAUCAAGAGCAAUACUCAGUUGGCAUAUCGAAGGCCCUGGAACAAAGCGGGCAGCCCGUCCCAGACCGCCUCAAUGAAAUGAGGAAGGCCUUCAGAGCCAAGGUUAAGACUGGCAAAUCCCAAGACAGUUCUGGCUUUGGUGGUAAGGGUCUAGAGCGCCUCGACCAGGAGCGUGAAGCCGCACGGAUGCGCGAGCGUAAGACGCACAAGACCGAAGGCGACGACGAAGAAGAAAAGGAAGAGAAGGGCGACGACGGGAUCCUACUCAAGGCCGCCUCCACCGUCCAGUCAGCGACAACCCCUGCACCUGCACCUGCAGCUCCAGCGCAGCUCGUGGGGGUACCCAAGGGCAUUGAUCUGGACGGUAAGAUUACAGUGCACCGCACCGAGACCGCAACCGCGGGCUCCGGGUCCAAGAACCCACUGGACAAGGUGGCAUCGGCCAUCGACGCCAUCAACUCGCGCCUCAACAAGACCGGGCAGCUGCGCUCGGGGGUGCCGAUCGAUAACAAGGGCCCCGACGCAGGCGCCUUCCACGCGACGCUCGAGAUCAACGACUUCCCACAGAAAGCGCGCUGGGCCGUCACGAAUCGCACUAAUGUCGCCAAGAUCCUCGAGGCGACAGGGACCAGCAUCACGACGAAGGGGAGCUUCUAUCCGGCGGGCAAGGAGGUGCAGGCCGGUGGGGACCCGAAAUUGUAUAUCCUGGUGGAGGGCGAUACGGAGCUCGUGGUCACGAACGCUAUGAGGGAGCUAAUGCGGUUGUUGAAGGAGGGGACCAUGGCGGCGGCGGAGGUGGAUAGUAGGGCGCCUGUUGGGGGGAGAUACACGGUUACUUAG